AUGGAAAUCGACUCUGUGUCGUCUGUACGUGAAAAGCGUCGGACUCGAGUCCGCCGUCGCAUCUCCGCUCACGCGGACAAGCUACUGCUUAUCUUACAUAGCCUAUUUCCGCUCACAGUCUACUCAGUGCUCAUCUACCAACAGUCCCUUCUUAGCGGGACAGCAGCUAAAGAACGCAGUGUAUUUGCCGGCUACUGGGUUGGCGGCAUGGGAAUUCUACUACAGCUCGCACUUAUCUUCUGGCCAAUUCUACCCCACUCUGACCUCCUACUCCUCUCCUUCGCAGUGCUCGAGGCCGUGUGUGCGCUUAUCGGCGGAACGGUGACGUUCAUUCGUGACAGCGAACAACGCUUCAUUGGGGCGGUAUCUAUAGUCAGUGUGGUUUUCACGAUCAUGCCAAUGUACCUGACCAUCACCUCGCUGAGGUACACCUCAAAGGACAGGGACAUCGAGGAAGAUGAGACGGAAGUAAAUGAUAGAUUUACUCGUCUUUCCUCCGGACGGUUUCAGGAGUACGGAAACCGCACCAGCGUGAGAAGUGAUAAAGCGCCGGACAGAGAGAAGGAAAGUCCGGUUUCUUAG